AUGUCCAGCUCUCUUGAUCAAUUGAAGGCCACUGGCACCGUAAGUGCCCCGCCAUCUUUCACUGCAUCGGAGCUCCCGGAGAUGUCACCGGUCGUCGUCUGCGACUCUGGUGACUUUGCGACCAUCGCCAAGUACCAGCCCCAGGAUGCCACCACCAACCCCUCCCUCAUCCUCGCUGCCUCCAAGAAGGAGGAGUACGCGAAGCUGAUCGACUCCGCCGUCGAGUACGGCAAGAAGCACGGCGGCAGCAACAUCGAGGACCAGGUCGACGCCACAUUGGACAACUUGCUCGUACAAUUCGGCAAGGAGAUCCUCAAGAUCAUCCCCGGCAAGGUCUCAACUGAGGUCGACGCCCGCUUCUCGUUCGACACUGAGGCCUCGGUAACCAAGGCUCUCCGAAUCAUCGACCUGUACAAGGAGCAGGGUAUCGGCAAGGAGCGCAUUCUCAUCAAGAUCGCUUCAACAUGGGAAGGCAUCAAGGCCGCCGAGAUCCUCCAGUCCAAGCACGGAAUCAACACCAACCUCACCCUCAUGUUCUCCCAGACCCAGGCUAUCGCCGCUGCUGAGGCCGGCGCCUUCUUGAUCUCGCCCUUCGUUGGCCGCAUCCUUGACUGGUACAAGGCUUCGACCAAGAAUGGAGUACACCAAGGAGGAGGACUCCCGGUGUCAAGAGCGUCCAGAAACAUUCUUCAACUACUAACAAGAAGUUCGGGCUACAAGACCAUCGUCAUGGGUGCCUCUUUCAGGAGCAUCGGCGAGGUCACUGAGCUCGCUGGAUGCGACUACCUCACCAUUGCCCCCAACCUACUUGAGCAGCUCUACAACUCGCAAGACCCCGUCCCCAAGAAGCUCGAUGCCAGCGGCGCCAACUCGCUCGACCUCGAGAAGAAGACUUACAUUAACAACGAGGCCGAGUUCCGCUUUUACUUCAACGAGGACCAGAUGGCCGUCGAGAAGCUCCGCGAGGGUAUCUCGAAAUUCGCUGCUGACGCCGUUACCCUCAAGGACAUUCUCCGCCAGAAGAUUCAGGCUUAGAGUGGGUAGUCCGGUAUCGGCGGUUUGACGAAGUCACGAUUGUUAUUGUCCGCGUGGUUGCCUUUUCUCUCUUGAUUUGAGAUCGGAGUAGGUUUAGCAACUGAGAUAUCAAAAUAAAUAUUAGAAGAAACGUGAAAGUCACC